UCCACCGCAACCGCGUGCUCCUUUGUGCGGCCGAUCCGCGCGCGGGCGGCGCUGCGUCAAGGCGGAGGCGCAUCGGCGCGGCCCCACGCGCACUCCCGCGCGCGGCCCCCGGGAGCGGCAGGAAGGAGGCGGCGCGCGGAGGCGGGAGGCGCAGAACCCAAUCGCUGAUCCCCCGGCCGCGGCGCCGCCUCCGCCAUUGCUGCACGCGGGAGCGGGCGACGCGGAGCCUCGGAGCGCGCUUGGAGCCCAGACUUGCCGGAGCCGGGCGUGGGGCCGCAGCCUCGUGUCUUUCGCAACCAUGGUGAAGUUGGGGAACAAUUUCGCAGAGAAGGGCACCAAGCAGUCUCUCCUGGAGGAUGGCUUCGACACCAUUCCCUUGAUGACGCCCCUCGAUGUCAACCAGCUGCAGUUUCCACCCCCGGAUAAGGUUGUUGUGAAAACUAAGACUGAAUAUGAACCUGACCGCAAGAAGGGGAAAGCGCGUCCUCCCAAGAUAGCUGAGUUCACUGUCAGCAUCACCGAGGGGGUCACCGAGAGGUUUAAGGUCUCUGUGCUGGUUCUCUUUGCCCUGGCCUUCCUCACCUGUGUCGUCUUCCUGGUCGUCUACAAAGUGUACAAGUAUGACCGCUCCUGCCCUGAUGGCUUUGUCUUGAAGAACACCCAGUGCAUUCCAGAAGGCUUGGAGAGCUACUACACGGAGCAAGACUCCAGUGCCCGGGAGAAAUUUUACACUGUCAUAAACCACUACAACCUGGCCAAGCAGAGCAUCACGCGCUCCGUGUCGCCAUGGAUGUCAGUUCUGUCAGAAGAGAAGCUGUCAGAACAGGAGACUGAAGCUGCGGAGAAGUCAGCUUAGCAAGCUGGGCGGGUUCCCUACAAUGUGUCACUUGAAGGCAACAAAGGGACUUUGAGGGACAUUUCAUUAAAUAUAAUUACCGAUAAUUUAGAGGUUACUCAUUUACGGUGCAAUUGCUUCUGUUUGCUAAUGCUGCUUUGCAAAUAAAACCUGCUGCGGACCACCCACAGGCAUAAAAACAAGCACAUCUCAGCAUUGCUUAGAGAGCUUGAUGUCACUGUCCAUGCUGAGGAGUUUCAUUUAGCUCCUUCACUGGGAUUCACUGGAUGCUGUCAAAAGGUAAUUUACACUAGAUAUGCCAGGGGUCAGGCCAUCAGAGUAGUGCAUUUGGUGGGUUUCUUUUUUCCUUUAUGCCCCUUUGCUAUCUGCAGACCUUACUCCAUAGCCAUAUCUAAGUGAUCCUGUGCUUUGCUGGCAGCAGUACUGACUGCCAGGAUGCACUGUUAAGUGGCACAGAGAAAGGAAAGUGUGCACCAUGAUGCAACUCUGCCAGCCUCUUGGGAGGUUCUCUUUGGUGUGUGCACUGAGCAGAGCACAAGGUUGGGGUGGGGAGGAGCUGGCUCUCGGCCAGGGGGUGCAGAACCUGUUUUCCUGGGGGUGGGGUGUCUUCUGGUGUUGUGCUAGAUAGGAAGAAACCUCACUGGCCCCUUUCUUUCCUGUUAUGAAUAUGUUUGCACGUACAGCCCUGUAUGCAGGUGGGUUUUGGUUUUUCAUUUUAUUAGCUGGGUGGGUAAAGUGAAAAUGUAAUUUGGGUAAGCCAGGGCUACUGUAGCUUUUAAUCUGUGAACAGAUGUGACUCCUGUGUUAUGAGAAGGGGGCAGGACGGCUGGUGGGGGGCUGAUGUGGCACCUUGCAAAGAGAAUAUCUGAGUCCUCAAUCUUUGUAAGAAAAGUAUGUU